AUGGCUGAUGAUGAUGUUGUUAGUCACACUCCAACAAACCCUAAUGUUGGAGAAAACGAUCCCGACCUCAACCUGAAUGAGGAUGCUACACCGUUGUCUCCCCGUAGUGAACGCUUAAUGAAACGACUUACGACUUUCGUUCAACAAACUUUUGAACAUCAUAAGCAUGACAUUGAAAAGGAGCAUUUUGUUGAUGGUCUGAGGAGAGAAAUCCGGGAGUUUGUUGUUAAUCGUGACAUUUCGAGUUUCAAUAAAGCUGUGGAGUAUGCUCGUCGCCGUGAACACGAUUUAACGAAAUUUGAGGAAACAACUUCUGAAUCAAAAAGGCAACGAAUGGAAAGAACCUUCUAUGUACCUACUCAGCGACAAUCUCGAUCUUUCACUCCUAAAAGGAGUCAAUCUCAAAACAUUCCGCGUGCCCAAUCACAAGUAUAUUCAUUUCAAUCUAAUACGUCACAACCUUGUCAAAGAUGUGGCAAAACUCACCAAGGGCGAUGCCUUACUGAAACAACAAACUUGAAAUGUUUUUGUUGUGGGGAAAUGGGUCACGUUCGUGUAAACUUCCCAAAAAGAAAUCGAGCAUGUUAUUCUUGUGGAGUAUUUGGGCACCGACAAUUUGAAUGCCCCCGUAUGAGGCGGGAAGAAAGUAAGGCGUCAAUGCAGCAACCGGYGGUGGGUGGUGCUUCAAGUCAAAAGGAGGAGAUACCCAAAGCACGAGCUCGAGCUUUUCAGAUUACCGUGGAGGAGGCUCGCAAUGAGGCAGACGUCAUUACUGGUAUUUUCUUUUUUAACUCUAGACCUGCUUGCAUCUUGUUCGAUUCUGGAGCUACAAAUUCUUUUGUGUCGCAUGUCUAUGUUCGUUAUUUAGAAUUUGUGCCAGUUAUGCUUUCUAUACCAUUUACCGUUGAUACUGCUAAUGGAGUCACUUUGGUAGCUGAUAGARUGUUUAGAGACUGCACUUUAGUGUUAGACGAACAUGACUUUUUAGUAGAUUUGAUUCCUAUGGAUAUUCGUGGUUUCGAUGUCAUGAUUGGUAUGGAUUGGUUAGUGAAGAACUGUGCGGAUAUCAUUUGUUCUCAGAGGAUGAUUCGGGUACCAGUUGAAAAUGGAGACUACUUAUACAUUUAUGGGGAAAGAUGUAUAGGCGACUUGAAGGUAAUAUCUAUGCUUAAAGCACGACGUUAUAUUGCUAAGGGUUGCUCCUCUUUCAUGGCAUAUGUUUUGGAURCAACYAAAGAAAUGAAGAAAACUGUAAAAGAUGUACCAAUUGUGUGUGAAUUUCAAGACGUUUUCCCUGACAACUUGCCUGGGGUACCGCCGGAUAGGCAAGUAGAAUUUCGUAUUGAUUUAGUGCCGGGUGCUGCACCUAUUGCAAAGGCACCUUAUCGCCUUGCACCAACCGAGAUGAAAGAGAUGAUGAGUCAGUUGCAAGAAUUGCUAGAUAAGGGCUUUAUUAGACCGAGCACUUCCCCUUGGGGUGCUCCGGUAUUGUUCGUGAAGAAGAAAGAUGGAUCCUUUCGUAUGUGCAUCGAUUACCGCGAAUUGAAUAAGAUAACGAUAAAGAACAAAUAUCCAUCAUCGCAUAGAGAUGACUUGUUCGAUCAAUUGCAAGGCGCAAGUUAUUUUUCAAAGAUUGAUUUGAGGUCAGGUUAUCAUCAACUUAAGGUACGUGAAGAGGAUGUACCAAAGACAGUUUUUCGUACCCGAUACGGACAUUAUGAAUUUCUUGUUAUGCCAUUUGGAUUGACUAAUGCCCCUGCAGCCUUUAUGGAUAUGAUGAAUCGAAUGUGUCGUCCUAUGCUCGAUAAGUCUGUUAUCGUCUUCAUCGAUGACAUACUCGUAUAUUCUAAGUCUGAGGCUGAACAUGCUUCACAUCUUCGGGAGAUGUUGGAUCUGUUGCGGAAGGAAAAACUAAAUGCUAAAUUCUCAAAAUGUGAAUUUUGGCUUCGUCGAGUACAAUAA